GCCAACUUCCACCCCUGCCUCUGCUCCUGUGCCCUUUUGCAGCAGACUGACACAAAUAUAUGAAGCCGCGGGAUGGGGAGGAGGACAUUUCCUCCAUCGCUUCUUUUUCCCUUCGUGUCCGGAAAAAUUGUGGGAAGAGGGUGGCAGAGUGGAGGGAGAAAUGCGGAGUCUGGCAGGACCCAGGACCCUUCGUUGCUCCCCUCGCGCGGCCGCUGUUUCCGGGGGGUUUUGUUUUCCCUGAAACACUCGAAAGGGUUAAAAUCUGGGCUUCUAGGGAGCAAUGCAGAAACGCGAGAAGCGGGUGGGGGUGUCAGUGGGGAUUCCCCCCCCCACAAAGAAAGACCGCUUCCUCUUCUUGCAGGGAUUUUUGCUUCUGAAUGGCUGCGGGAGAGGAAGAGCUUCCCCAUCGUGCAAACCAGGGCACCAGGGCUGUGAUCGGCCCCUGAGGACACAGCUGCCUGUGAUCCCCAAGCCGGGCCCAUCCUGUCUACAAAACCAGAGGGUCGGCUUAGACCAGGGAUCACCCCAAACUUGGGUGGUCACCUCUGCUUGCUCUGGAGCUGAAAAUGGAGCAACCAAACCCGGCAAGUCCAGAACUAGAAGGGAGACCGGAAGCAGGAGGGGACCUACCCGAAGGCGUGAAGGGGAAUCUGGAGUGGUCAGGCAAAGAAGAGCGGAAGGGGUUGCGCUGUCCUGAGGAGUUCUUGAGGGCGUGGGGCAACCCACUUCCUCUGGAAGACACACAGCGGGACAACGUCCGAGCUUUCCUCUCCUCUUUCGAGCAAAUUGCCGAAGCCUGCCAAUGGCCCAGAGGGGAAUGGGUGGGCCGGCUCCGGCCUGCACUGAGCAGCUCUGCUGAACAGGCGUUGGGUAGACUGGAAGCCGCUGACAGGGAAGAUUAUGGGAAAGUGAAGGCCGCUGUCUUGCGGGAGGAUGCUGUGAGGAUGGAGGCGCAGCGCCGGGACUUCAGGCAGUUCUGCUACCAGAAGGCCGGAGACCCCCAGCGGGUUUAUAGGCAGCUGCGGGAGCUGUGCCACCGGUGGCUGAAGCCGAAGAGACGCAGCAAGGAGCAGAUCGUGGACCUGCUGAUCCUGGAGCAGUUCCUGGCCAUCCUUCCUCACGAGCUGCAGAGCUGGGUCAGAGAAGAGGGGCCAGAGAGCUGCGCCCAAGCCGUGGCCCUGGCGGAGGAUUUCCUGAAAGCAGAGACGUGGAAGUGGCAGAUGCCGUCUCAGGGGACAGCCACCAGGCCCCUUGAGACAGGUGGUGCUUCGCCAGACAACUCCCAGAGACAAAGUUACAUGGACACCACAGCACUGAAAUGCGAUGAGGACAUGAUUUUGCCGGCCAACGGAACGACGCUCCCAUUUCACCCCCGUUCCUUGCUUCCUCCUGAGGGACUGGAAAUGGCCGAAGCUGGGCUGAAUGAGCUUGAUUGCCGUUGUCUCUAA